ACCACUAGCUAUAACCGUAUUGCUUCCUCACCAUCAGGAGAGUCAAGAGCGAACGCCUAAGUUAUAAUCUCCCGUUCGAGGAUCUCCCGCGAUGCUGUCCAACUGUUCGCGGUUUGUGCCUCGUGUAAUAACAAGAAUUAGUAUAUCACGAACGAAGGUUGUGAGAUCUUUAUACAGUCAAGGGCACAUUCUAUUUAUCCACACCCAACAUGUGGUCAACAAGAACUCACGAUUAUGUACAAAAUAUAAGAAAUUCCACUGUUGGAUAGACCAGGCGAGACAUAUUCAUUCGACGUCUUCAUUAUGGGAAAUAAAGGAAGUUGUAGUGCCAGCAUUUGCAGAAAGCGUAAGCGAAGGAGACGUCAGAUGGGAGAAGAAAGUUGGUGAUCAAGUUAAGGAAGAUGAUGUCUUGUGUGAAAUUGAAACAGAUAAGACUUCAGUUCCUGUACCAGCACCAGGUCCUGGUGUAAUAAAAGAGAUAUUUGUCAAAGAUGGUGAAACAGUAAAGCCAGGACAGAAACUAUGUACUAUUGACAUUGGUGCAGUUGGAGCACCACCAGCUGAAAAACCAGCUGAGAAGGCUCCAAGUCCUCCUGCACCUAGUGCAGCACCACCACUGCCAUCAGCACCAUCUCCUCCAUCUCCUCCACCACCACCACCACCUCCACCAUCAGCACCACCUUCUACAACUAUACCUCCACCAGCAGCUAAACCUACACCUCCACAAGCACCUGCAGCAUCUAUGCCUGUUGCAGCGAUUAAACAUGCUCAAUCAUUGGAAGGUGCAAAGGUGCAACUGCCUCCUGCUGACUACACACGUGAAAUCAUUGGUACUAGAACAGAACAACGAGUGAAAAUGAACAGAAUGCGAAUACGCAUCGCAGAACGAUUAAAAGACGCUCAAAAUACGAACGCUAUGUUAACUACGUUUAAUGAAAUUGACAUGAGUCGCAUCAUGGAGUUUCGCAAAAUGCAGCAGGAAAAUUUUACAAAGAAGUAUGGUUUGAAGCUAGGAUUUAUGAGUCCGUUUAUUGCAGCGAGUGCUUACGCUCUGAAAGACCAACCAGUAGUAAAUGCUGUGAUAGAUGGCACUGACAUAGUUUACAGAGACUAUGUUGACAUUAGUGUAGCAGUUGCAACACCAAAGGGUCUCGUGGUGCCAGUUCUUCGUAGCGUAGAAAACAAGAAUUACGCCGAAAUUGAAAUCGCUAUGGCAGCUAUAACUGACAAAGCGAGGAAAGGCAAGAUAUCCGUCGAAGAUAUGGAUGGUGGUACAUUCACAAUAAGUAACGGUGGUGUAUUUGGCUCUCUGUUGGGAACGCCUAUUAUCAAUCCACCGCAAAGUGCAAUUCUCGGAAUGCAUGGAGUGUUCGACAGGCCUGUUGCAGUGAAGGGCGAGAUUAAAAUUCGUCCAAUGAUGUAUGUCGCCUUAACGUACGAUCAUCGAUUGAUCGACGGACGCGAGGCUGUGCUGUUCUUGAGAAAGAUCAAAGACGCCGUGGAAGAUCCGAGAAUUAUUUUAGCUGGCAUUUAAGCCUCGUAAAUAUUUUUAUCGAGUCGCUUCAAUCACGCCUUACAUCAUGUUCAGAGCAUUUUGUACAUGUUGUAUUAUAUUCUGUUCGUCGAGGCUUUUUGCCUCGGAAAACAUAUUCUCAAACACUUACUAACCAUUGUGAUAAAAACGAAAGUAAGAAAAGAAAAAAAAUAUUGCACGAAUAAGAGACAUCUCUACUUGGAAGGCUCUAUGUUACUAACCAAGUAUUAUUUCGAUUAGUUCGCGUCUUAAUGUACCGAUAACACAAACAACGUACGAUAUACAACAAUUCUUGCAUCGUAACGUUUUUUAAACAUCAAAUAGAACUUUGUCUGAAAAGAAAAUUCUUGUUUCUUUUUUUGUUAGUAUUUUUUGCGGUUCAAUCAUGAGAUGGAUUCUGUAAUAAUUGAAAGAAAUUGAAGCAAAUUAAGUGCUGCACAUAAUGUAGAACCUGUUGCUUCAAAGAAGCGUACGUACAUGCAAUGCAAUAAGGCUUAUGCUCUACUAAUUGGCCUCGAUAGAAUUUGAUUAUAUUUCUUUUAAACGUUUUACAUUAUUAUUCAAUGCCCUUCUUUUGUAAAAAUUAUACACACGACCGUCUCGUUUUUAACACGGUCGUUUGGAGCAAUCGUUUUAUUGUUUUUAACUCUUCUUACUCUGAUUUUAACGGCUUUGAACGGGAUGUUACGAAAAGAAGCGAUAACUGAAAGGCUAGAGAAAGAUACUUUAUUGCAAAGAUAAGUGUAUCGAAGUAUUAAAAUAAAAUUUCACGAAUCUA